AUGAGCCCACUGGGGAACGAAUUCUGCCCCUGUAUGGGCCUUUCGCACGCAGUGUUUUUUCAAUGCAUAGACUGUGGCCAGAUAAUAUGUGAAGCGUUUGAUCCACUUGUACGAAAGUGUCCCAUUUGCAAUGCAUCCUUAAAAUACCCUAUUGAAAUCGAAUCGCUUUUAUCUGCCAGGAAAACUAGAGCCAUGCAAUCUUUAAAGCCUGAAAAACGUCAAAGCGCUGACCUGUGUAAUAUUGCCUUUAAAGAUUGCAAUGAUGAAAAAUGCUUAAAAGAAUGGCACAUGCCGAAACAGUUUGAUAGCAAAGCCCAAGCUCAGGCGAUUAAAGAAGAUGGCGCAACCCUGAAGCCAUUUAGGAAUAGAAAGGCCACGAUAACACGUGUCGGAAAAUUUUAG